AUGUUCUUCAUCUACAGUUUCCGUUGGCUCAAGAAUGUUUGCUUUGACGAGGAAUGGAAGGUUUUUCUUGAAGAAUACGAGGAAAAAGAAGUCAUUACAUUGGAUCCAGACCGUUUUGAGACAAAUGCGAUAAAGAAAGCGGUCGCCAAGUUGAUGAUCAACUCUUUGUGGGGGAAGUUAUCCCAAAGGGUCGACAAGCAAAACACCGUGAUUGUCCUCGAUCCAGCAAAGUUCUGGAAAGUGAAUCACGAUACUAGUCUGGUUAUCGUCGACGUGAGGCCGGUCAAUGAUAAGCUCUUCGUGAAGUACCGCCAGAAGGAAGAGACACUUUCGAGCCAAAAGACUAGCGCCGUCCAUUUGGCUGCAUAUACCACCGCAUUUGCCCGCCUGAGCCCCUCAUGGAGAUGGUCGGAUCUGGAAAUACCUGUUAUACAGGAAAACGAAUUUUUCGAUGUUUCUUUUGUUUUUUGGUAUUCUGACACGUUCGAAAGUGUACCAGAUUCAAUGAAAAACCGCAAAGGUACAUUUUGCGGGAAGGAAUCCCAAACUUGGAUGAACUGA